GGGGAAGGUGAUCGCAUCGUACAAACUUCAAGAACCUGUAGGGUUACAUCCAACGAUGUGGAGAUUGUACUGGAGCACUUUUCAGAUGGAAUUCUGGCCUUCAUUAAAGACUGGUUUUCCAUGAGAGACAAACGAAUGUCCUUCAUGCCUUUUCUUCAAAAGAUUAUGCCACAGUGUAGGGAGAUGAUGCUCCAGUUUCGUAUGGUCAACAAACCUCAUGGAAACUCUUGGAGAGAUGUUCAUGUAAUCGGAGACCAGGCAGAAUAUCAACCCGUUAAAGAUGAUGACGAUGAGAUGAAUGUCAAAGAUGAUGAUAUGGCAGUCAUGUGCCAACUAAGUGAUAGAGCCACACUUACAGAGAAUGUCGAUGCAAGCCUCAUCCGAAAUACUAAGCAUACCGUCUACUUCGAUUUGGAUUUUAACGGGAAAGCAGAUGACCUGCCGGUUAAGCUGAAAGUGAUGCAGUCGAUGAUUACGAAGGACAUCAAGUUCAGAACACAUGUUCUUGCUCAUCGAGGAAUAACCGAGACAUCACCAGGAAAAAAAUAUUCCGCAUCCCCGAGACUGUCGGCAUCCACAUCAGUCGACAUUCCUCCUCAUGGUGUGUCAGCCGCAGCCGAUGAAGUUUAUACUUCUAAAGCCAAGUAA